AUGUCAGCCUGCUGCAAAUCAGAUGAGCAAGGAGAAUGUCUAACAGGACACCCCUCCGUACAGAGUGCCACUUCCUUCGAAAAUACUGAUGGCGGCGGAUAUUUUCUUCCAAAUGAAGUAGAUCUUCAUGAGGUAAUUGUAUUGCCAAAAGCAGAAUGGGAAAGGAUUCAGGACAAUCUUGGCAGCACAACUAGAGAAGCAGCACGCAUCCUUGCUGAGAAGAAAGAACGGGAAGAAAUGCACUUACGCUCCAAAGCAGCUGUAAAAGACUGGCCCAAUACCAUUAUGGGCCUGGCACAACGGAAACUUAAAGCCAAACAAUUACGUGAAGAAAGGGAAGAGGAAGAAAGAAAGUUACUUGAUUUGGAAGAAGAACAGUUCCAAGCAGCAAAACGGAAGGAGGCUAUUGAUCAUGCAAAAACCUACCUAUACUAUCAGAAUGAAAGAGUGAAAGGGUUGCAUAGUGCUCUUCUACUUGCUGAGGUCCUAAAAGAAAGAGAUGCUCAAGUUGAAUUAAAAAAGUUAAAGUCAGGUGUUAACAAAAAGAAGGAUGAAGAACAGGAACAUGAAUGUCAAGAAGCUAUUCUCAGAGAGCAAGAAAAGGCACAUCAGCGUUAUAUGAAUCAACAGGCACUACGCAGAGAUCAGCUGGAACAAAUAAAGGAGCACAAGCAUCAGGCAGAUCUGGCCAAGCUAGAAAACAAAAGAGAGGGAGAACAAAUACAGAGAUUGAACCAGUUAUACCAACUGGAAAUUCAGAGAAGAAUGGAAAAGGAACAGGAGGAAAAAGUUGAACGCCAGAGGCUGUAUCACGAGCAUGUAACUGACCAGAAAACCAUCAAAGCAGUAGAGGAACAAAAACAAAGGGAGGAAGAUGAGCGGAUUAAGGCUCAUUUUAAAGCAAAGGAAACUAUUGCCAAGCUGAUAAAAGAGAAAGAAGCUGAAAUGCGUAGACUGACACAGGAACAUCAGGACAAAAUCGUUAGCCAAUUAGCUGUACAAAUGAAUGAGGCAUUGAAGAGGGAAGAUGAUCGUCUUGCUAGAGACAUUGCAAAAAAAGAAGCUGAACAAGAAAAAAAAUGCAAAGAGAAAGAAGCAAAAGAAAAGGCAGCCAUUGAAUCUAUUGCUGAACAUAGAGCCGUUGUGGCUGAAAAGGAGGCAAAAAAACAGCAGGAAAAGCAAGCAGAUUUGGACUACAAUGCUCAGAUGGAGGCUAUUGAACUUUGUAAGGAGCGUGAAUUUCAGAGCUAUGCAAAGCAAGUUAUUGAAUCAGAGUCCAAGACUACACAUCAUCUUUAUCCUCUUCUCAAAGCAUCCAAAGAUGAGUGCAGCAGUCACCUCCUCGAGGGGUCUCUUCCCGGCAGGGCAAGGGAGGAACUUUUGGAAGAAGGAGGAGGAGGAGGACCGACCUCCUGCCUCAUCCAGCUCCCAGGGCCGCCAAGGGCCUUCCUCCGGGAAAAGAGCGCCCAGGGCCCAGCUUUUAAGGCCAGGUGA